AUGUACCUAAUAUUGUCGACUUCUAUAACAGAGCUGUGUCUUUAACAGAAUUCAAACACCUUACUAUACACGAUUUGAUCUCAUAUAUUUUUAUUCACUUUAUCUAAGGUGGUUUGACUGCAGGCACCUGAGGGGUAAGAGCAUCUACUCUGCUUAUGGCGAGGGUAUCCUAACAAGUACUGAAAGAAAAGAGAUGAGCUUACUUGCACCUUGCACAAAUGAAGAGGCAGAUACUCGCCUUAUAGUCCAUGUACAUGAUGCAGCCUCAAGUGGAUAUUGACAAAUUUAAAUUAGAAGCAAUGAUGCAGAUGUUGUUGUACUUGCUAUUUCAGUGGCUAGCACUCUUCCAAAAGAUGAACUCUGGAUCACCUAUGGGUCUGGAAAGAAUGUACAGAAUACCCCUACACAUGCUAUAGCAAUGUCCCUGAGUCCCGAUAAAGCCUCAACCCUACCAUUGUUCCAUGCACUAACUGGGUGUGGUAAUGUUUCAUUUUUUGGAGGGCAUGGAAAAAAACGGCUUGGAAUGUGUGAAGAGUGUUUCCUCAACUGACACCAGUGCUAAAAGUCCUCAAAGUAUCACAAAAAGAG